AUGCCAGAGAUUCAGUUGGGUUCUCAUACGAUAAGAUCCCAUGGAGUCACGGUGGCGAGGUUCCACAUGCAUGACUGGCUCAUUCUUCUGUUACUUAUCGUCAUAGAGAUUGUGCUGAAUGUCAUCGAACCUUUUCACCGUUUUGUUGGAGAGGAUAUGCUCACUGACCUCAGAUACCCUCUCCAAGACAACACCAUUCCUUUCUGGGCUGUCCCGUUGAUAGCAGUUGUGCUCCCUUUUGCUGUCAUUUCCGUUUACUACUUCAUCAGAAGAGAUGUGUAUGAUCUGCAUCAUGCAAUCUUAGGUCUUUUGUUCUCUGUGCUCAUAACCGGAGUGAUAACCGAUGCUAUAAAGGACGGUGUAGGUAGACCUCGUCCUGACUUCUUCUGGCGUUGUUUCCCUGAUGGUAGAGGAUUCUUUCACGAGAUCACGAGGAACGUUCUGUGUACUGGAGACAAGGCAGUGGUCAAAGAAGGACACAAAAGCUUCCCCAGUGGGCACACAUCUUGGUCGUUUGCUGGUUUAGGAUUUCUAGCAUUGUACUUGUCUGGGAAAAUCAGGGUGUUUGACCGGAGAGGGCAUGUUGCAAAGCUCUGCAUUGUGAUCUUACCUCUGCUGGUUGCAGCAUUGGUUGGUGUGUCCAGAGUUGAUGAUUAUUGGCAUCACUGGGAAGAUGUGUUUGGAGGAGCUAUUAUUGGAUUAACGGUGUCUUCCUUUUGUUAUCUCCAAUUCUUUCCACCUCCAUACGAUCCAGAUGGUUGGGGACCUCAUGCGUACUUCCAGAUGCUGGCGGAUUCCAGAAACGAUGUCCAGAAUCAUCUAAGCGUGAGGCAAGCUGAGCUUGAGAACGUGUACGUUGAUCAACAAGAGACUUCCAUGGAAAUAUCAAGAAGCAACACACGAAUGCUAGAGAUCCGUUAG